AUGAACGAUUACGCAUUACCAGCUAAAAAUUCAUGGUUAUUAAGACUAUUGGAGUCAAGUUUAUGUGAUAUGACUAUUGCAAUACAAUAUCUAUUCCAAUAUAGGAAAACUGCUGGUGUGGGUAGCUAUUUGGGUAACAAGUUAUUUAGCCUGGAAGAUUCUGAUGUAGACAUGUACUUACCACAACUAAUCUAUGGCUAUUUACAAUUUGAUGAUAUUGCUGACAUGAUAGAACCUUACAUCACUUGGAGAGGUAAAAAUGAUCCAGUCUUUGCUGUAUUGGGUUCAUGGCUGUUAGACGCUAACCUAGCUGAUAAUUAUUUGCCAACCGAGAAGCAUCAACGAGGGUCGAAGUUACAGCUAGAUUUGGUUUCUAAAAGGAAUUGGACACCAAUAGCACAGUACGUUUUGAAAUCUUUAAAUUUGGUUUGUAGUACUUACAAUCUUGGUAGUGGUAACACGAAAACUCAUCAUCGAUCUAGAUCUGACUGUGCUCAAUCUAUAUUUAUGACGCCUUCAUCCCUUCCAAGUUGUAGAUCAAGUAGUGAAAAUGAUUAUACAUCGACGAUCGAUCCACAACUGGAUUUCAUCAAUACAUUAAAUGAAAUUGGGAAUAAACUACAAGGCUUACGAAGCAAAUUAUUAAGAUCACAAAAGCUUUUCUCCGAAUUAUCGCUACUAAACUUAUCCCUACCCGCGCGAAUAUGCCUCUUAACUAAUUCUGAAUAUUUCAAAAAGCAUCACGUCGUUCGUAUUCCGCCUUCCUAUGCUGUCGUUCUUAAUUCUAAAGAUAAGGCCCCGUACUUGAUUUAUGUUGAAGUUAUAGAAUGUGAACAUACUUUUAUUUCUGAAAUUCCUAAUAAACUACUAGAAAGCACUGUCUAUUCUUCAAGGUACAAAGCAAAUGAAAUAAAUUUUAGUGAUUAUAAUAUCUUUUGUCCUAUGGGAGACAGUGAUGAAGAAUGUUGGUCAGUCGAUGGUGCAUUUGUUGAUGAACCUAAAGUUGAUUCUGGACAUGUAAAGGAUGAAGAAAACGAGGAGGUAGUAUUCUUUGCCCCUGGAGAGAUAAGACGCCGUUUGGUAGAACAAACCCAGCAGCCGAGCAAAACUUUCGCUCGUGAUAAAGACGAUCCGUCAGCUUCUGCACUGAAGGAACCCUGGCAGGACAAAGUUAAUAAAAUUCGAAGUUCAUCUCCUUAUGGACACCUUCCUGGCUGGAAACUUCUUUCAGCUAUUAUAAAAUGUGGCGACGACCUAAGGCAAGAAUUGCUAGCAAGUCAAUUGUUGCGUCAAUUCCAAAACAUAUGGGACAUGGAAAGGGUAUCUCUUAAGCUACGGCCUUAUUCUGUCACAGUUACAUCUGUCGACAGCGGUUUAAUUGAACAUAUCGUCAAUGCAGUAUCGCUUCACCAAAUUAAGAAACACAGCAGAGCUUCCCUUUAUAAAUAUUUCGUGAGGGAAUAUGGAGAUGAAAACUCUGAGAGAUUCUUAACUGCUCAGCGCAAUUUUGUCCAGAGUUGCGCAGCUUAUUGCUUGUUUUGUUAUUUCGUACAAGUGAAAGAUAGACACAAUGGAAAUAUUCUUUUAGACGGAGAUGGACAUCUUAUUCACAUUGAUUAUGGAUUUAUCUUAUCGAGUUCUCCGAAGAAUUUAGGAUUCGAGAGUUCGCCUUUCAAACUGACCUACGAAUUUGUUGAGGUUAUGGGUGGAUUGGAGAGUGAUAUGUUUCAGUACUUUCGUAUAUUAAUGCUGCAAGGAUUUAUUGCUGCCAGAAAGCAUUUAGACAAAAUCUUAUGUCUUGUUGAAAUUAUGCAAACAGAGUCAUCAUUAGCCUGCUUUGCAUGUCCAACCACUGUUGCUGAUUUAAAAGGUAGAUUUCACGUAGGAUUAACGGAAGCUCAAGUAGAAGGGCUUGUUAACGACAUGAUUGAAUCCAGCAUGCGUUCACUUACUACAAAAUUAUAUGACCGAUUUCAGUACAUCACUAAUGGUAUACUAUAA